GCAGCAUUAAUAAUCCUCCUCUACACACUCCAUCACACACGCCGAAAUAAACUGCCCAGAGCUCUCAGUAUAUAUCAAACACUGCGUGUCCGAAGGGCACAGCUGCAGGCAGAGCCAAACAUUUACAGGAAUGGUACUGGGCAGCUGCCAGACACAGAAAUCUUGGUGCAUAGCCUGCACAUUGAGAAAAAGCGACGCUGAUAGCUGGUCUACCCCGAGGAGCCUUCAGUAAACAGCCUGAUGGACGAGGAGACACUGCGCUGUUUACACUGAAACGCGCUAAACGCAGAACAGAGCCGAGCGGAAAUGUUUCCCAGCAUCUGUUUCAUAACCCGACGCAUCUGAAGUGAGGCAGAAAUGACGCGGCGCGCGCGCUGUGUUUCAUGAUGCAUCGGAGCACCCUCAUGCCUAAUUUUCUUUUAUGAAUCGAUUUUUUUUUCUUUAUUUAAUGUACAAUCGCGGUGUCCUGCAGUAAAUCCGAAGCCUUAUGAGGAGGAUGAAAGCAUCGGUAUUUGUCGCGGUCAUGUCCUCCGUUUUAUUUAAUCCCAGUUUUGCCUUCAGCUCGCAUUUCGACACAGGUGGCUCCCCGUUGAGUGAGCUGUCAUGGCCGUCCUCUCUGGCGGUGGUGGCUGUCUCCUUCUCCGGCCUCUUCACAUUUGUCUUCCUCAUGCUAGCCUGCCUGUGCUGCAAGAAAGGGGACAUCAGCUUCAAGGAAUUUGACAAUAUGGAGGGGGAGGAGGGCCAAGCGGACCUUUCCACUUUAGCCUCCCCCAGCUCUCAGAACGACCCCGAGGUUUAUAUCCUGCCCCUGACGGAGGUCUCACUACAUGUAUCCAAACAGCCCAGCAAAUCAUUUCAGCUGCUGAAGUCUACAGAUCUCGGACGCCACAGCCUCCUCUACAUAAAAGAAAUGGGACAGGGCUGGUUUGGCAAGGUUUUGCUGGGGGAGGUGAAUGUUGGACUCAGUACCACACAGGUGGUGGUUAAGGAGCUAAAGGCCAGUGCCAGUGUACAGGAGCAGAUGCAGUUCCUGGAAGACGUCCAGCCUUACCGGUUGCUCCAGCAUCCAGCCCUCCUGCAGUGUCUGUCCCAGUGUUCAGAAGUCACACCCUACCUGCUGGUUAUGGAGCACUGCCCCCUGGGAGAUGUUAAAGGAUACCUCCGUAGCUGUCGGGCAGCAGACUCGGUGACCCCUGACCCUUUGAUCCUUCAGCGGAUGGCAUGCGAGAUCGCUUCUGGUCUUCUGUACCUUCACAAACACAAUUACAUUCACAGUGACCUGGCCCUAAGGAACUGCCUGUUGACCUCAGAGCUUGCAGUGAAAAUUGGAGACUAUGGCUUCAGCCACAGCAAGUACAAGGAUGACUAUUAUGUGACAGCAGAUCAAAUAUGGGUUCCUUUACGCUGGAUUGCCCCAGAACUUAUUGAUGAAGUCCACGGCAAUCUCUUAGUAGUGGACCAAACCAAGGCCAGCAAUGUUUGGUCACUAGGUGUGACGAUAUGGGAGUUGUUUGAACUGGGUAACCAGCCUUACAGGCACUAUUCUGAUAGGCAGGUUUUAACAUACGCUGUAAAAGAACAGCAGCUCAAACUGCCAAAGCCCCUGCUGAAAGUGCCUCUGUGUGAACGCUGGUAUGAGGUAAUGCAGUUCUGUUGGCUGCAGCCUGAGCAGAGGCCUGUUGUGGAGGAAGUCCAUCUACUGCUAGGCUACCUGUGUGCUAAGGGUGCAACUGAGUCUGAGGAAGACUUUGAGAAGCGCUGGAACUCUCUCAGGCCAAGUAUGGGCUCCAGCAGCUCCCACAGGACACCUGCACCUGAAGUAGCCUCUUCUACUUCUUCCUCAUUUCCUCUACUUGAACACUUCUCUAUGGCAGACAGCUUCCAGUCUGAGAAUGGGGAUGAUAUAUUGACAGUAACUGAGACCAGCCAGGGUCUCAACUUUGAGUAUAAAUGGGAGCAGGCACGAGCUGAGCAGCCCUUCUGCUCCUCUUCAGCGAGUGGACCAUUGGGAAAGAAUAAUCCCCAUUACCAGGAUGUGUAUUACCCUAUUAGCAAUUCCACAGGUAGCUGCAAGGGUGAAAGCCUCCCUCUUGGGGUUUCACCAUCCUACUAUGAGUCAGACCAUCCAGGUGUGGUUCCAGUGCUAAGUGCACACAGCCCCUCAGUAAGUAGUGAGUACUAUAUCCGCAUUGAGGAGCAAGUUGAGUGCAACAUCAACUUAGAAGACAAGAAUCUUGAUUACAGCCCAAGACUUGAAGCCAGUAACAGUAGUUUGUCCUCUACAGGCAGGAGGAGUCCCACUGAGUCCCAGCCAAACAGCUACUGGACAGCAGCUAAAGAAUCCAUCAGUAAUGAUUAUGAUUAUGAUUCAGAUAGUAUCCUAACCAUGGAGCCACUCCAAAGAAGACUUCCAAGCUCGGUAGAGAUAGACCAGUCAGAAGUUUAUUUUUCUUCCAAUGACAGGCACAGAUUACAGUGUGAACAGUCACCUCAAGCAGGGCCAGAUGUUCAUUUGAUAAGAGGGCAUGAUUCAAACUCUGAUGAGCAGAGAAGAGGAUCGGGAAGCCUCUGCCAUAGACUGGAGGUGGUAAAGGAAAGCCCACUUGGAGUUUCAGUCUCUCUUAGUAGUCCCAGCUUGGCACACUGUGACCCAUACCUUGAGUCUAUGCAGAGAACUACAGAAAGAAGUAUGGCCAGUGAGGCCUAUUAUGACAUGAUGGGCCCCUUACAAAAGAAUGUGCCAAGACCCCACUACAUGAGUAUUGAUAUUGAUGCCGGUGAUGGCCUCCUUUUGGGGAGGGGCAGUUCUGAUCCAGAAGAUGAUGAUGAUCUGUUUUCCCAGAACAUGUUAACUAAUUGGAACUCCAACCACUCAGCAAACAACAACAGUUUAAGUGAUCGUACACAAGCUGUGGGUUUUCGAGAUGCAUACCUUGAUUUACGUCACCCUACACCCUCUUCUCAUGUCGGGAAUUUGAAAUCAAGAGCAUUGGAAACAAGAAACAGUUGUACAUAUAAUUCCAUCGAUUCAAUCAAAGACCACUCAUACAUGGAAGCCACAGAUAGUACACCCACUGCUAGUAACACUCACGCUGACUCAGAGGGUGGUGAAUACCUACAUUUAAGUCCUGACAGUACUCAGAAUGUUGAAUCAUCUUCCAAAUGUCAUUCUGUCACAGAAAGUGAGCAUAUUCAUACAUGGCAGAAGAACAUUGCUCCUAAACAUAUCAAAAACAAUACAUCAGACUUUAGUGUAGGAGGUUGUGGCAGAAUGAAUCCAUCAACUCUUCCAUCGGAGCUGGUAGUGACUAAAGAAAAUGUGUUACUUGAGACAAGGAUGUCCCCUGCACAAAAACUGAAACUUGGGACAGAUGGUUCUGCUGGAGUGUGUGUAAAAAUGGUGUCAUGCCCUAAGGAUCUGUCUAGGACUGUCUCAGAGUGUAAUCAUUUGACAGACAGCAGGAUAGUUCCCAACAACUCCAGUAUCGAUUUGGUGGAAAUGGAUGACUGCAGUGACAGCUGCAUGGACAUCCCCUCUGGAGUACUAGCAGAUUAUCCCUUAGACUAUGCAGAGGUGGGCAAUAUUGACCUAACUCAUAGAACACUGCAGAGAGACACUGGGUCCAGACACUGCGAGGACACAAUUAAUCUUGCCUCUAGUAGCAGUCCAUGUGAGGCCUUCAGCCCUGAUAGUUACCACAUGCCCAUUCAGCCGAAAUCCUUAGACAGUGGCUAUGAAACAGAAAAUAAUGAAUCUCCAGAGUUUAUCUUGAAAGACCUUGAAGGGAAUCCAGCCCUUAGCACUAGUGUAGAAUCAGACGAGUGUGACAUGUUGCUCCAGAUGGACCUAGAUGAAGAUGUCAAUGUAAUGCUCCUGCAUCCAUCCAGCAGUAAUCUACCACUGAUCAGCCUUGGUGAGAGGAAUCAGUACAGAGACUCUGCUUAUUUUUCUGACUAUGACAUGGAGAAUGACAAGAGCCCCAGUGAAGGGGUCCACAUGUUCUUCAGCCGCCAAGAUGAGGAUGAUGUCUUUGAACUCAAAGCAGGAAAGGAGGGCUCAGGAAAGACAUUUGGGAGAGAGGGACGUAACAUGGAGAGUGAGAAGGGGCAUGACAUAUCUGUGCCAAAGGACAACAGUGCAGCCCUUAAUGCUAAACAAUUGUGUCCUAAAAAGACAAGCCCAAAUCUGUGUUCAUCACCUGCGUUGGUUCCAGUGAUUUCUAUGCUUUCUCCCUUUCCUCGAGAGAUGGGGGGUUGCUUGACCAAGGAGUCAACUCCAGAUGAUGGUAUUGGCCUGGAAUCUGAUCACUCUGGAGAGGAACCAAACUCUGAAUGCUACUCUUCCACAGUGUCUGAAGGUUCUUCCUCAACACAGGAGGCCUCAGGUGUGGAAGAGCAGGCUAAUGCAGACACCAGAGAUUUUUCCUCAGCAGAGUCACUAGGCUCAGACUCUACCAUAGUAGACUUAAGUGGGGAGGUAAUCCAAGCAGAGGAGCAAGAGGCCUGUAACAAACUGGACAAUCCGGAGCAACAGAUUGGAAACAACGAGGAAAAGGAAGAUUCGGUGGAAGAAGGUGGCAUAGGUUCAGCACUUUCAAAACCAAAGUGUGAUGUAUCUUUGGAGAAUAUUCUUUCAACUUUGCCAGAAGAUCUAGAUAUUCCAGCUCCACAGGGGAACGGAGAGGAGGUGGAUGAGGAGGAUUCAGAUGAUAGUGAUGAGUCUGAUGAAGAACUUCGUAGCUACAACAUACAGGAGCAGAGUGAUGAGAGUGAUGAGGAGUUCCCUGUGGUGCCUGUCGUUGUGAGCGAUCGCAGCAGUGCACGGCAUCUACGCAGCCUCCUCAAAAUGCCCUCUAUACUUACACAGUCCUUCUGCGAUGAGCUGGAGAGCAAGAAAAAAGCGGUGUCAUUCUUUGAUGAUGUCACUGUGUUUCUGUUUGAUCAGCCUGUAUCUUGCUGUGUAUCGACUCAGGAGAGCCCCACGGGUGAGCUUGGGGACUACAGUUUUCCUGUGGAGGCAGAAGCCAAUUGCCAGGCUUCAGAGGUGGAGCUGCCACGGUCCCAGGAUAGGGAUAUUGCCCCUGAGGAUUCACCAGGAAGGAAUGUCUCAGAAGAAAGUGGGGCAUUUCAGUGGCAAGAUGAUUUUCCAUUAAUGCAAAGCCCUUCAACAUCAGAACCUGGCUCUGAAGAGAUCACUACACCACCCAACUCUCCUGUCAAGUCUCCAGAUGAAAAACCAGCAGCUCCGCUUUCCCGAUUUAGUGUCUCUCGUUUCUCCAUUUCGCAUGUGUCUGACUCUGACAUGGACUCCAUUGGAGGUAAAAGUGAGAAUGAAGCCCAGGAGUGAAGGGGUCAUUAACCCAUUUAAUUAAAGGUGUUUAGAAACUGUAUGGUUUGGUCUCAUCAGACUCUGGGCUCUCCUGAAUCGCUAUAUUUUUGUUCUUUUAAAAGUGCUGGACAAAAGGGUCCUGUCAACCUGAUAUGCUGUUUGGACACAGUGCCUCAUAUUUUAGUGGAUUAGCCUGCCCCUCCCUUGUGUUCCUAGACAGAUGGUGGUUGAGUGAAAGAGAUCUAUAUAACACAACAUAUUUAUUAUCUAUGUAUUAGAACAUGAGGUAUGAAGAUUAUAACAUAUUUGCACAAUUCAGUAUCAUGCUGAAAUCAUCCGUUUUUACACAUAACUUGUAGGAAACAAUGUAGAAACAAGGCUGCUCUCCUCAUUUGCUUGUCAUGCCCCAUAUUGUCAAUAUAUGGUUUAGAGUCUGAAAGAUCUGUCAUAAUGCUUUACAUUUUUCAGGUUGACCCAAUGAGCUGCAUAAAAUAAUUACAAGAUGUCCUGCCCUCAUAAAAGAAAGAUCCACAUUUAUUAUUGAGGGUGACAAAAAUUAUUUACACUGAGCCCCUUACUACAAAUUGCUCAAAAGUGAAAUUUUCUAUAUUUGACCACUUUUAACAAAACUUUAGCUCAGGGGUGUUAAGGGUAUGGUACAAAAGUAGAUUAUAUUAACAAUAUAAACCAUCACACUUAAAAGUCUUCAACAGUGUUUUGCUUUUUUUAAUGCUGAAGAACUUUCAUAUAGCAACUACCUGCACUUUCAUUAUUGACUCAAGACAUCUUAUACAUGUCUUACCCUAAUAUCAAGUACUUCAUCAAAAUCAAGAUCUUAUUUAAUCUUAUUAAAAGUGCAGUUUAAUCAAUAACUCAUUAAUACGUCUUCUGUUUAAAUAUCCCAAAUAUUUUACAGAUGACAGUGAUAUAUUACAGUACUUGUUUGCGCCGAGAAGCAAUGAAAGUAUUGCAGGAGAACAGAUAAUAAACCAGCUAUUUUCCUUCAACUAGUAUGGUAGCAUGCAUAUAUAUGAUGGCUCACAAAUGGGUCAUUCCUGUUAUGCAGCAAUUCAAACAUAGACAUUCAGAAAUAUCAGGCACUUAAACACUUUAAAAAAGCUCAUGUGCUACAUUCUGAGUGCUCUGAGGUCGGCAACUUAAUGUGAGAAAUAGAAGAAUUUAAGUUGUUAUUUUAAAAGAUACAUCCAAACUUUGCCAUGGCACAGUCGAUCACCUGUCGUAAUGCUUCUUGAGUGCAACUUUUGGAUGUUUUCAUGAGUGCAAGGUUUCACUGUUAUAGUUAAAAUGAUCAAACGAUUAUAAUAGUGAUUUAAAUUUUAGUCUGUUUUUCACAUAAUGCUAUUGUAUGACUUCCGAGGAAUUAAAUAAGCUACAUUUAUGAUACAUUUAUGGUGCUUUUGCCAUAUUUGGAGCUGUAGCUCAGACAUUCAAUUCUUUGAGUUCAAAAACUUGAAUUUAAUUUAUCAUCCAGUAUGACAUAUGAUAGGGGCAUGAAAAUGCACAGCAUAUGACCUGAUGGUACUGAUGGUGAUAAGUUUACUGGUGCUUGUAAGGAUCAGAAGUUAGGAAGUCUAUCACAGCAGUCAGUCUCGGGCAUGAAUAACUUCUGCUUUGAAUCCGAGAGCUACAAGAACUGAUUUCAGGAAAAAAACAAAAAACAGUGGGUUAUCAAAGUCACAGCUGUACACUUUACACCUGUGGUACUCAAAGACACAUAACCAAGUUAAAGAAGGAAGAGUGACCAUCUCCUCUGUGAACAAAAUGUGUUAUAAACAAUAAUGGCAGCUCCUGCGGAUCUGAUCCUUCGUCUGUGAUGAUGCCUUGUCUCAGAAGUGUUAUUUUUGUUAAAUCCAAUAACAAAUAGAUGUUCAAAAAUAUACUACAAAACAGUUCAGAUGGUCCAGAUGGCAUGUAGGCCUCAUGUGUUUCUACAAGUUUCUCUCAAUAUAUUUUGUCUUUUGUCCCUAUAUGAACUGAGGUGUUACACCGAGGCAAGUUAUGACCUGUUUUACACAAUGACCUGUUUAAAUGUAACGUACAGCUGUACCUGUCAUGCUCUGCCUUGAAUCACUGGAGCCCAUACACAUUUGUGUCAAUACUGUAAGUCACAAUCACUGCACUUGUACCCUCGCUUUCUCGCUGUAUGCCUUUCAAGAGUUUUAUACUGUGCUAAACCUUGCAGCAGUAGAUACUUUUUUCUAAUUCAGAACAUCAGUGCUUCAAUCGGCUGGUUGUGGUUGCCAAAGAAAGGUCAAAUGAAAGUGAACUGAAUGUAGCUUUGAAGGGAGAAGUCUGUUGUUACUGCCUCAUAGCUGUCGAACCAUAUGUCCUCACGACUCAUGCCUACUGUACUAUUCUAAAAAUAAACCAAACUAUAGUUUGUCCUUGUG